AGGUGUCGCUGCGGUCGUUAGUCUGUUUGUAGCGGGCCAUCAUGCCAGCUGCCGUUGGUGCUUGGCGGUUAUUUUAACUUUGUGUACGACGUUGUCACUUGCGAACAAAAGUCUUUCAUUGUGAGAUUCUAUUCUUUUCGCAAGAAUGGGAGUGCAUUACGGUAAAUUAUGGAACGAUACGGACGACGCAACGCAGCAGUCCACGCCUUUGUCGGUACGCAGGCAGUCCAGAAGGCUUUUAUCAUUAACCAGUCUAGAUCCCCGUUCUCCAUCAUCCGAAAUUACAAGAACGCCGAUACAGAUUGAGUCGUUUCAACAGGAAACACCAGUUUUGGACUGCGGCAAAGAUGACCCGCGAUCACCUACACGGGCUUUCCAGAGGACUCCAAUUCCCUUUGGACAGCUCCUGCCAGAGCCCAAUCGUCAGAAGCAGCCGGAGAGAGAAACUUUCACCAGGGUCACCCUUCACCAAAGCACGAACGCGCCCAGUGGCUGCACUACUCCGCAAGAUCCUUCGACCCCUUUGAAAGCGGAACACGUGGCAAGACCUGCUCCCUUGGCACAGACCCUGAAAACUAUUGCAAAGAAGAACGAGAACGCCUUUGGAAGCAUGCGGUCACCACUGAGAGCUACGACUCACCCAAACUGUCUCUUGCACUCACUGCAACAGCAACAGAUCCAGAGGCAGAAAAUUAUGGAUCCAAAUAGAGGAAAAUCUGUAGCUUCAGAUAAAGAAAAUAGCUUUGUGCCCACGACAUAGGUAUGAUGAACCUCGCCUACCUUUUGGUUUUCACAUGCCAUACUUGCUUUGGCGUACAGUUUCAUCUGAGUGUUAUUCUGUGUAGCCACAAAUAUAUUUGCUUUUAAUGACGUAAUCAAUUUGCCUCAAUGGGCAAACCUGAAAAUCAGCUCCACUGAUCUCAUGAAUGUGUACUAAGCACAGCCAAUAUUGAAAACUUGUACAGCAUCUGGGUGAAAGGAUCAGGGUGCUUGUAGCCAUACUUUGUUCAUUUUGCAUGAAAAAGCCUGCAAUGUAUUGUACUUUUUAAAUAUAUUUCGUGACAACCAGCA